CAGGACUGGGAGCAGCCCGUAGUGACUGGGUGGCAGUGGGACGUGCUGGGAGGGGAAGAGGAGAGCGUCUGUCUGUCCAUCCACCCGCCAGAUCCCUGCCUGCGCAGCCGCUGACUUAAAAUGGCAGAAGGAGCAAAGGUGUUCAAGAAGACCAGCCCCAACAGCAAGCUAUCCAUCUACUUGGGGAAGAGAGACUUUGUGGAUCACGUGGAGUCAGUGGACUCCGUAGAUGGCAUCUGCCUGAUUGACCCAGAGUACCUAAAGGACAGAAAAGUGUACGUGACGCUGACUUGCGCAUUUCGCUACGGCCGAGAUGACCUCGACGUUAUCGGGUUGACCUUCAGGAAGGACCUCUAUGUCCUGACCACCCAGAUCUUCCCGCCGGUGCCGGACCAGACACCCAAAACCCUCACUCCUUUGCAGGAGAAGCUGAUGAAGAAGCUCGGGGAGAAUGCCUACCCCUUCACCUUCGAGAUUGCCACCAACCUGCCCUGUUCGGUCACCCUCCAGCCGGGACCAGACGAUGUGGGAAAGGCCUGCGGCGUGGACUUCGAGGUCAAAGGAUUUUGUGCUGAAAAUCUGGAGGAGAAAAUUCACAAGAGGAACUCGGUGCGCCUCAUCAUCCGCAAGAUCCAGUUUGCACCCCUAAUGAUGGGGCCAGCCCCAAAGUCGGAGACCACCCGGCAGUUCAUGAUGUCCGACAAGCCCCUGCACCUCGAAGCCUCCCUGGAUAAGGAGAUCUACUACCACGGAGACCCCAUCAAUGUGACCGUCAACAUCAACAACACCACCAACAAGAUCGUGAAAAAAAUUAAGCUCUCAGUUGAUCAGAUCACAGAUGUGGUCCUCUAUUCGCUGGAUAAAUACACGAAGACUGUGUGCACCGAGGAGAUAAACGAGAACGUGGCAGCCAACUCCACCUUCUCCAAAACAUACUCCAUCACCCCCACGCUCUCAGCCAACCGUGAGAAGCGAGGCCUUGCUCUCGACGGCAAGCUCAAGCAUGAGGACACCAACCUGGCUUCCACCACCAUCCUGAGACCCGGCAUGGACAAGGAGGUGCUGGGCAUCCUGGUGUCCUACAAAGUGAAGGUCAACCUGGUGGUGUCCCGAGGAGGCAUCCUGGGGGAUCUCACUGCCAGCGACGUUGGAGUCGAGCUGCCUGUCAUCCUGAUGCACCCGAAGCCUGCAGACGAUAAGCCAAGAAGCGAGGAGGACAUCGUCAUCGAGGAAUUCGCUCGCCAGAAACUCAAGGGGGAGAAAGACGACGAGGAGGAGGAGGCCAACAAAGAGGAAAGCUAAGCCAGCUGCCUGUUCACACGGACGGCCACCGGGUCCCACGCGCCCCGGUUUGGGACGUAGAUGCCCGUAGCGCGUUCCCUGCUGUACCGCACGCAGUGCAGACACCUCAGCCCUCUACGCGCGCGGUGCGAUGUAUUCCCUUAGGGUACACCUUCCUCCCCGCUCCCCGGGCUCCUCGCACCGACUCCAAGACCCCGGUUGCGGCGGAAAGCCCGACUGCCCGCAGGACGGUGCUCCCACCUCCUCGCACCCACGGGUGCCAGCGAGGGGACGGGGAGGGUGCCGUCGCCGGCGUGUUUGUCGUUUGCCUGCGUUACGCGAUACUCUGUGACACCGUUAUCAAUAAACCCGCCCCAGCGGGCCCGGUGCA